UAAGCAAGAAGCAUUGGGUCGCUGGUAUAUGUCUAGAAAAGAAAUAGAGGAAAAUUCCCCAUCACGGAAUCAUGGAAUUGACUUGAAGAAGGAGACAUAUCUGCGCAAGUCAUAUUGCACAUUCUUACAAGAUUUAGGCAUGAGACUUAAAGUGGGGCUUGUAUGUUACAUCUUAACAUUUUUACAUUUCCACUCGUUGUCACACUUCCAAACCCUUAUUUUGGCUCUAAUUGCUCAGUUGGAAUAUUUGGUGUGAAACCUUUCCUGAAUAAUUUGGCUAUGUAUCUGAAUGGCCUCAGGUAACUAUAGCAACAGCUAUAAUAUUUUGUCACCGAUUCUUUCUUCGACAAUCUCAUGCAAAGAACGACCGAAGGACAAUUGCCACAGUAUGCAUGUUUUUGGCUGGAAAGGUCGAGGAGACCCCUCGUCCUCUGAAGGAUGUUAUUCUCAUUUCUUAUGAGAUGAUUCACAAGAAGGAUCCUGCAGCUGCACAAAGGAUAAAACAGAAGGAAGUGUAUGAGCAGCAGAAAGAAUUAAUUUUACUUGCAGAGAGGGUUGUACUUGCCACUUUGGGUUUUGACUUGAAUGUCCAACAUCCAUAUAAGCCCCUUGUCGAGGCCAUAAAGAAGUUCAAUGUUGCAAAGAAUGCCCUUGCACAAGUUGCAUGGAACUUUGUUAACGAUGGGCUGAGGACAUCACUCUGCCUGCAAUUUAAGCCACAUCAUAUCGCAGCAGGUGCCAUUUUUCUUGCUGCCAAGUUCCUGAAAGUGAAGCUUCCAUCAGAUGGUGAAAAGGUUUGGUGGCAGGAGUUUGAUGUCACCCCACGCCAAUUGGAGGAAGUUAGCAAUCAAAUGUUGGAACUCUACGAGCAGAAUAGAAUUCCACAAUCACAAGGAAGUGAAGCAGAAGGGGCUGCUGCAGGGGGGGCAAAAGCUGCUGCAAAGGCUCCUGCGGCGAAUGAGGAACAGGCGUCAAAACAAAAUUCAUCUCAUUCAGCUCCUCAGCACUCAUCUGUGGAAAAUAAUGCAGUGCCACAUUCAGGAACCGAAAACCAAAGCAAUGAUGGGAGUACAGAAAUGGGCAGUGACAUUACUGAUCAUAAAAUGGACUUGGAAACCAGGGAUUCUCAGACCUCAGAAAAGUUGCCUCAGAAAGAUAACCAGAGAGAAUUGGCCAAUAGAUCUAAAUCUGGAACUGAACGAAUAAUUGCUGGAGACCAAGAUAAAAUGGUUGGGACAAAGGAGGCUGCAGAAUUAGGAACGAGUGACGAUACAGCAUUAUACAAGUCUAGCAGCAAUGUUGGUCGAAACCUGGAGCUUCGAGAAGGCCCACUGAAUCACUCACCCAAAGAAGCAAUCAAAAUGAUUGACAAAGACAAAGUAAAGGCGGCAUUAGAAAAAAGGAGAAAGGAACGAGGUGAAAUGACAAUAAAGAAAGAUGUAAUGGAUGAGGAUGAUCUCAUUGAGAGGGAGCUUGAAGAUGGAGUUGAAUUAGCAGUUGAGUACGAGAAAAAUAAGCAAGAGAGAAGACAGAGCUGGUCUAAGCCUGAUGAUGAAGAUCACGGUACAGACCAUGACGAAACUAGAGAUGGGAUUCAGAUGGGCAUGAAAGGGAAAUUACAGAAAGACAGGGAUGCAGAAGAAGGAGAGAUGAUAGAUGAUGCUUCAUCCUUGUUGAACAAUCGCAAGAGAAAGGUGGGUAGCCCUCUGGCCAGCCAACCAGAGAUGAAGAAACGGCUUGAUUCCAAUUAUCACAAUGAUCUUGCUGAAUAAGGAAAUGGAAAGGGUAGGGUUGGUUGUGCAGACAUGGAACACAUAAGGAAUGAAGAGAAAAAUAUUUGUUUAGGUGGAUACUCUACUGUCCUUUAUUUGCUUAUUGUGACUUGGCUAAUGGGUGCUCAUGAAUUGAUGACUCUGGAUACUCUUGUUUACCUUUGACAUUUCUUAAUUAUGGAAACGGGAUGCCUCAAUUUUGGUAGUGCGAUAAAUAGCUUAUGUUUUAUUUGGGGGGUGAUGUUUUGAGAAUUUCAUGCCUCAGUUUUGGUAGUAGUGCAAUUUCAUUCAUAGCUUACACUCGAGUUGGUUUUAAAUGAUUCUGCAUGGCCAUUGGCAGGUAGUGAUGUGAAAUCAUUUAGAGAUGCAAUUUUUUGCUAUGACCUGAUCCUCGAGCUGUUAUACCAGAAUCUGCUACCGUUUUCCCUAAAAUAUGAGACAAUUCAAAUAUUUCAUUUAUCCUAAAAGGUAGUAAAAAUUCAUAACUGUUAUUAGAGUAUGAGCCACACUGCACUUGAGGGACAGAGCAAGGCUUUAUACAUAUCUAACCGGAAUACUGCACUGUACACUUAAGCUGUAAAUAGGCUAGUUAUUCAAAUAUA